AAUAUUUCCCUAAAAUGUCUUCUUACAGCCGUCAACCCCCUAGUUCUCUCUACACCAAGAAGCCUACCGACAUCUCCCAGCACCCAAGAGACAGAGGAAAUUUUGAUUCAAAGUAUAAUCCUCUAUCUGAAUAUGGCUCCAAAUUAAAAAAUAAAAUCAGAAGGCGAAAAUCUCAAGAAAUUGAUAAAUUACCAAAAGAUACGCAUAAUGAAUCCUUAAAUAAUGAUGAUAUCCUUCCUGAUUCCUUCAAUAAGAUAUGAAAACAAGUAGCAUCAAUGGAGAGAGAAAUUAUUGAGCCAGAUCUUAAACAACUUGACCAUGACAGAGACUUAAGAGAACAACAGGUUAAGGACAGGAUUGAGAAAGCUGGUGAAUAUCAACAAGAAAUUCAGAAAACUGUAGACGAGCUACAAGAAAAUAUUAAGCUUGAAAAUCAAAUGAUUGAAGAACAGGCUUCAAAGAAAGAAUUUGAGAGAUCUGAACAAUUCAGAGUAAAGAUUGAAGAAAGCAUUGGUGAAGCACAAGCUAUAUUACAAAAUUGCUCUGACAAGACAAACACCCAAAAAAAGAACAUUAAAGAGAUAUGCAACAUCAUAAAUAAAUUAUCAAGUUCUAGCAUCAAAGAUUGAAAGAUACUAAAUAUUGAUCAAUUGAUUAAAGAAUUAGAGGAGAUAAUCCAGAACGAAAAUUGAGAGCCUGAAAAUAUUAAUUUUUGUGAAGAUGAAGUACCUGGAAAAUUGAAUAAUACAUCAGAAUUCAAUGGAUCUAAAUUCUUAAAUUAUCCCAAUCAUAAUUCUAGACUAGAAAAACCAUCAUCUGGAGAAUCAAGAGAUAAAAAUUAUGUAAAUUCUAGAGAGAAAUACAACAACAAACAAUAUUUAAGUGAAUAUCAAUAUGACUCACUCCCCAAAAAGUCAAACUCAAACAUAACAGAAAACUUAAAAGAUGAGACUCUGAUUGAUGCCAAUAAGAUCAAAGAGGCUCUGACUCAGGCAAAAGAGCAUAAUGGUUCAACCCUGAAUGUGUUUAAAUCUCUGGAUACUAACAUUAAGAAUUACUUAAAUAGUUCUGAAGUUUACCAAGCAAUUCAAGAUCUUCAAUCCCAGAAACAUUUUGAAGAUAUUAAAGAAAGUGAAGAAUCAAAGAGAAUUCGUUCUGAAUUACAAGUCCUUGAAAACAUAAAUUUUGAUGAAUUAAAAACAAAAGCAUCAGAAUGUAAAAGUUUGAAGAACCAGUUAAUCUAUCUUAACAAUAAAUAUAAAACUCUUGAUGGCACAAUAAGUCGUUAUAAAAGUUAUGGAUAUAAAGCAACCAAAAUAAACCCUGUGAAAAGAGAUUUAAAAGUCUGAGACAAAGAAAUUGAAGAACAUAAAACUCUUUAUAAUCAUUUAAUUUCCGAAAUACAAGGAGAGUUGAUAUCAUUAUUGAGCAUUUUUGAAACUUAUUAUUCCAAAAGAAGUUAUCCGGUUCGAGUAAUUAAUGAUAUUACCACAAACGGAAAAAUUGACUUUCAUUAUUUUGAUAGAUAUAUGAAUGGCCUCAAGGAAGAAGUUAUUUCUUUGAAGACUACUUUAGAAUCAGAGCUCAGAAAGGAAGGCCCUAACUCACAAAAUUCGAACAAUCUACUUGAAGAUUCAAAUUAUACUGAUUCCUUGAAUACUAUUAUCUCUGGAUUUAUUGACAACUACCUUAAAAAUCGGAUUUGCUCUAUUAAUUAUAAUCUACAAUGAAAUUUGGAACAAAUUGAACAGGAAAUAAUAUUCCCAACAGGAGACAAAGUAAAAAUUUUAAAUAAAAAUUCUUUUGCUAAAAAGAAUUACAGUAACGAAGAAUCCAAAGAAUUCUCAGAAUGGACUCGUCUGAACCCAAAAUAUAAAGAUUCUGAUAAUGCUGCUUUGCUAGGUCAAAUUGGAAAGAAUUUAUCGACUUCGAAAGACAAUUCUUUUUAUUACAAUGAGAGAUUAGGGAAAUUCAAAAUUGAAUGAACAAGAUGAAGCUAUCCCAAUUGGAUAUCAAAAGAAACUAUUGAAAAAAUAAAACAAAAAGUUUUGAAUGACAAUCAGUCUCUCAAUAUGAGCCAGACUACCCGAGAAAAAAUCAUUAAAGCUCUCGGUGUAUUAAGUAAGAAGACAUCAAACAAUAUUUUAGAAAAUGAAGUUAGCCUUCAUAAUGGAGAGAUUGAAGGAAAACAAAAGAUAUUGAAUGAAACUAUUGAAUAUUCUCAAACAUUGUUAAAAGAUCUCAAAAAAGCAAAUACAAUUGAUUUUAACUUCAAUGCUAAAUUUGAAGAAAACCUAAAUGACGCACUUAGGCUAAUUCAACAAAAUAAAAGAGCACUUAUUUCUCCUAAGAAUAUGGAAAAACAAGAUUCGAGCAAAAAUACAUUAGACUAUAUUAUAAGGCAGUUUUCUAAUAAGAAAGAAUAUAUUUCUGAUCACUCUUCUUUUAAAAAUCCCCCAAAUUGCAAUAAAAAGCUUAUAAAUGAAGUUUCAAAUCUCAAAGGAAUGGUCGAGAACUUCUUUAAUAAAGUCCAUAAAAUAGAAGCGAAUAGUAAUAUUAGACCGCAAGGAAGUUCUUCUGUAAGUAUGUGAUCUCAACCCUCCAAGGUCAACAAAGCUAAAAGAAGACAAAGCAACUUUAGAGAUAGAGGUGAAGCAACUACUGACAAUGAAUAUCUUCAAAAGAAAAAUAUCGAGUUAGAACAUAACCUCGAGGAACUAAAAGAAAAAUAUUCAAAAUUAAAAGCAAAGAAAAAAGAAAUUAAAAAGAAAAAUAUCGAACUUGAGAAUAAAAAUACAGAGCUUAAGAACACUAAUGCCCAAUUAGAAAAGCAGAUCGAGAAAGAUAUUGAAGAAUAUAAUGAGCUUGUCAAGCGAUAUGAGAAAUAUAGAAACAGAUGUCGAGCAUAUAAAUCAAAGGAAGAAAGUAAAGGAACUCCAAAAGUUCCAAGAAAACCUAGAAGAAACCUCUCUCAUCCUUCUAAAAUGAAAUCCAGAAACAAAAUAGACAAAUCCCAAUCUCCUAAUCUGCAAAUACCUAUUCUCCCCUCAAUGCUCGGGGGAUACAAUCUCAAUUUCAUCCUCACAAGCAAAGAUGUUAUCAAUCAACCAUCAGACUCAGACUAAAGUGUAGCCAAAUAAAAAAUCUCAUUUAAUGCAGC